AUGUCGCCUAGUGUGUUGGCAAGGGUUAUCUCAGGGAAACUGGAGCUAGAUGUAAAAUCCCUUAAGGUGAACCCAGCCAAAUUAGAGAAUUUCAAACGGCACAAAGUAAAGGAUGUUGAUUACCCAGCCGUUAUUAGAGGAGAUGAUAAAGACCUCGUUCUAGGAACAGUAGUGUAUAAUCUGUCCGAAGAGGAAAUCAUUAAGCUAGAUAUGUUUGAGGGCGAGGAGUAUGAAAGGUUGGUACUCGAUGUUCUCGAUAUUGCGGAGUCAAGACAAGUUAAAGCUGGUGUAUACGUAUGGGUAGAUUCUCAAGAUCGCCUUUUAGAGGAAGAAUGGGAUUUUGGCUAUUUUGUCAAUCAUAAAAUGGAGAAUUGGAUCAGUGAUGAGCUGAAAGAGAUGGAUAAAGAGGCAGAAGCUAGAGGGGGUCGUUUUUGGGAUACUACCCAAUGCAUAUAA